UUACAUUUACAUUACUUGAAUUGAUAAUUUCAGCAUAGGUUCUCAUUUACGUACAGCAAUGAGGAAAAGGUCUAUUUAUAUAUUAAUUUUUGUUUUGGUUACUGUAUAUUGUUUUUAGUACAGAUGACUGACUUUGGAAUUUCCCAUGCCAUGUGGUGACACGUAGCGUAAUUUCCCGAUCAUUGUUGAAAAAUUGAAAGGAGGUGUUUUAGAAAGCUUAUCAUUUCAACUUCAUCAGUGACUCUUUGAACGUUGCUACUAAGCCAGAACUUUGAUAAUGUGGUUGGGCAGAUUAUUUUGGUAAGAGAUACUUUGAAGAACCCGAAAGUAGAAUAUAAAAUGCAAGUUUGGCCUAACUAUACCGGUAGAUAUCCAAGUACCUGGGAUAGGCCUAUGUACGAAGCACCAUCAUCACACCGACUUGUAGAAGUAUCAAAAUAUCAACACCAGGAUGAAUAUGAGAAAAUACAGAAAUUGUUCAGCAAGACACUUCCAGAAGGAAAUAUCACAAAACUCGAACGGGUUCAAAAUUAUAAAUGUUGGGAUACAUAUGCACGGCAAAAAGAAGUCAUGAUUAAUAAUAAUGGCUUUAAUAAAGAGCUUCAACUUUUCCAUGGCACCACAGAAGAAAGUGUUGACGACAUUUGCCGCGAAAAUUUUGAUUUCCGUCUGAGUGGAACGCGAAUUGGUGUUGCUUAUGGUCAAGGUGCAUAUUUCGCACGAAAAGCCAGUUAUUCUGAUCGGUACGCAGAAGCCGAUGCAGACAACAUAAAACAAAUGUUUGUAGCACGAGUUCUUGUUGGUAGGUACAUCCUUGGAACAGAGGACAUGCGAAGACCGCCGUAUGUAGAUCAAUCGGAUAAAACAAAAGGAAUGUAUGAUUCUUGCGUCGACAACGCAAGUAAACCAAAUAUCUUUGUGAUAUUUGAUAACCAGCAAAUAUAUCCAGAAUAUCUAAUCACAUAUUCCAUACAACAAUUUUAUGGAAGUGGUGCCUAUCAAACUGUGUAUAGUAAUACUAACCAGCAAUGGUCAAACCCUAAUAGUGCCCAAUCACCCCAUAAUAGUGGCAACCACCAGGCAUCAAAUCAGUUUAACACAUUACCUUUUAGGAAAUUUUUAAGAAGUGUGGUUGGUGCCUAUCAAACUGUGUAUAGUAAUACCAACCAGCAAUGGUCAAACCCUAAUAGUACCCAAUCACCCCAUAGUAGUGUCAACCAAUUUCAAAAUUUUUGGACUUCGAUAAAGUCAAUAAAAAAUACACUUAAACCCAUUUAUAAUAAGUAUAAUAAUAUUUCCACACACUUACAAAUAUUCACAUUAUUAUUCAUCAUAUCACUUUCAGUAUUAUUAUUUUAUACUUCAUCUUCUACUGUUGUUGCAUAUCUAUUAUUUUGCUUAUUGACAUCGACCGUGAUUUAUAUAAAGGAGAUAAAUGUCAGGUCAUUGCCUAGGAGUAUGAUAAUACUAAUACUAUCAUUUUUUUUAUUAUUAUCAUUAGUAUUACAAUUAUUUACGUAUGGGUUACAAAUAAUCUUGUCAUUUUCUUUUAAUUAUUUUUCUAUGUAUAUACUGAUUUCCAUGUUUAUAUCCGCCAUGAUCUAUGCAAAUGAAAUGAAAAUUGAUGUCAAGUUUGCUUAUAAGCGGUUAUUAUUAUCAGAAUUAUUAAUAGUAUUAUUUUUAUCAGUAAUCCAGUCAUUUCUACAUUUAUUAAUACUAUUAACUUCAUAUUGUUACAAUAAUUUUGGUAUAUUGUAUCUUAUGAUUUCCAUGGUGAUAUUUACCAUUUUAUAUACAAACCAGAAUAUGGCUGGCGAAUAUAAAUAUAAAUGUGGUUUAAUAUCAGAAUUAGUCAUGCUACUAAUGUUACCAGCUUUACCAUUAUUUCUUUAUGUAUUACAUAUAUUAUUAUUGUGUUGCAAUAAUAAGAAUGUUAUAUGUAUUGGCUUAAUGGUUUUAAUGAUUAUACUUGCCGCUUUCUAUCAAGACAAGAUGAAAAUAAUGGACGGGCAUGUGUUUACGUGGGUAUUAAUAUCAGAAUUAAUAAUAAUUUUAUUGUUACCAGUAUUGCAAUUAAUUCUGUAUUUGUUACAGAUAUUAUUAUUUUUUUUUGUUUUUAUAUUUCUACUGGUUUCCAUUUUGAUACCCACCAUGAUCUUAAAUCUAGUAUGCAUGUAGUAAAGUGUAUAUUAUUGUUAUUAAUUGGACAGUUAUAACGCACCUAGAUAGAUCCUUAUCAUUUGAUUGGUGUAUUUUGUAUCACGUGAUAUUGGUUGGUUCCAUCCUUGAAUUUUUGUUCUAUUAAUUUUGUCCCAUUGCACGCACUCUGCAACCUUCUCAUUUUCUGGACGAUGGGCUGUUCUAUUCAGAAAAAAGGUAGACUUAACUAAAAUUGCAAUAGACUUAUGUAUCUUGUCUUUUUUCUAUAUUUAUACUAAUAUAUUCCUUUGCCAUUUGUGUCUUUUGAAUAUGUUUGUAGUUAAACUUUUAAAUACAGUGGUUUUAGGUUUCAUCGUUUGUAUUGCAAUGUCGUGAUUUAUGUGCCGUAAUUUAAGAUCUUAGUUGUAUUAAUGUCUCUGUUAAAGCAUCCGAAAACCAAAUUUCAUCUGCACCAAGUUGUGCACGUUGAGGAAAAAAUGUAUCUUGUAACAUACUCUAUUUUUUUUCAUAAAAUAUCAAAUGACAAUGAUCUAUUGUGUUAUAAAACGAAUAAUGAAUGUUUUUUUUUAUUCGUGCAAUCUUUCAAUUCAAGUUUAAAGAUUGACUGUGUACAAUUCAAUUCGGCCCCGCCUCAUUGCUUGAAACAGUCAAACUUUCAACUCAUAAAAAAUAUUCUUCGCAUUGCACUCAUAAACAUUCAUUAUUUGUAUAAUAUUUAGCCAGUAUAACGCCUAUUUGUUAACACUCAAUAUUUUUGUGAUGAUUAACGCACUCUCCAAUCCCAACCUUAAGGAGAGGCAAAUUCAAGUUUUAAUCGCCAAAACUUGGGUUCGAGUUCAGAUAGCAAGAAUAGUCCAAUUAAUUCGCAAUAAGUACGGAAAUAGCAUAGGACUAUAUAGAGAUGAUGGGCUUGCGGCGUUCAAUGGAACACCACGGGAAAUCGAACAAAUAAAAAAGGACCUUUGCAGUGUUUUUAAGAAACACAACCUGAAAAUAACCAUCGAUUAUCAACUACCUUGAUGUAACGCUCAACCUCAACGACGGAACAUACAGACCGUACUUAAAAGACAAAAACAAGCCGCCAUAUGUACACUCCAAGAGCAACCACCCACCUUCCAUAUUAAAAAACAUACCGGAGGGUAUUAACAAGAGACUAUCAGAAAUAUCAUCCAACGAGACAGCCUUUAACGACACUAA